CAGUGGCAGGACCAUAGACUUUCCUUGCUUAGCGUCAUGUUUCCUAGGUAACCAGUGGCUUUGCUACUUGUGCGAACUACAGAAACUGAACAGACUGCGCCGCCGAAAUAGAUUUCAAGGAUUUGCUCCAUCAUUAUUUCUGAUCAAUGCUUCGAGCCACAGGAUAUGGAGAGGUCUGGAAAGACCAAGAUGAUAACUCUAAAUUUCAGCAGUAUGGGUGGAGAUGUACUACCAAUGAGGAUUCUUACUCUAAAAAAACCCUUAUUGGAAACUGGAGUGAGGAGCGGUGUGACCUUAAGAAUAUGGAACGAUUAAGGCCAGCACUUUCUCAGUUUGCUCAUUAUUAUCAGACAUCCCACAACUUGGAAUACGGAAAAGCAGGCAAACUACAAAGGACAGAAAAUUUAAAGAAGGAAAGUCAUGCAUUUCCAUGUCAUCAACCUGAACUGGAUCCUCCUAGCUCUAAGCAGAUCCCUAAGUCAUGUUAUACUUUGGAUUAUACCAGUACUUCAGUUUUCUCACAAACUGAAUCUGAUUCAUAAAAAAAAUAAACACUUUUUAUUCAGUGAAAUAAUGAAAUUUAGGAAUUCAGUACGUUAAUAUAAAAAGACAAUACACUUUUGCUUGGUAUUUACUAGUUAUAACUGAAAUUCUUACCUGUUGCUAUCGACAUAUUUUCGUUAUAAAAUUGCGUAUACAUGCAAGUCUUCGCAGACAGCUUCAACUGAGAAAGGAUAUAAGUUCCCAUUGUAGACAAUGACCAUGUUGAAAAAUGUGAACAGAAACUUAACAUGAAUAAAAUUAUGGAUUACUGUGA